ACCAGAAACGAUUAUGACCAGCCCUUUCCCUUGGAUGGACAUGAACUUCUACUCGUCGACAAGGACUAUCAUCACUGUCUCAUGCCAUCGCUAAGACCGACGCCUCCAUAGGACGGCGGUUUGCUCUGUGUCAGCAUGCUUGCUUUCAACUACGGCGCACGUCCCUUCUGCGAUCAACACCUUCAUAGGCAUUUGUAUCUUGAACCGGUAGUAUACCUUCAUCUCCUCUUGCAUCAAUAUCUCCUUGCUGUCCUUGACACUGUACUGUCCUCCUGUUCGUGAUGUACUUUGCUGUCCCGACCGCACACAUGGAGCUACCCUCAUCCAAAAAAUAUCAAUAUCUUUCUUACCCAUGUCUGAUCCCCGAAGAGGAGGAAGUAAUUCACUUUGGUUGCUGUGCCAGAAAGGAACUUGCCGGAUUUCCCGAUUGGAUGACGCCGGGGCCAUACCGGAAUUAUACCUUCACUGAUCUCGUCAGUUCCCUGGCGUUGGAUUGUCUGUCAAUGUCAACAUCAUUCCCAAGACGCGAUCAACCACGCGACAUUAUCCACACACGAUCUCACACUCUUCCUUACAUCGAAAGACUUAUCAAAGCAACCCACGUCCGCCAUCUUAGGCAACACUCAAGCUUCAUGUUUCCUCAGCCCAGAUACCCGGGGGACUUGAGCGCCGCCGAGACAAGCUUGAGCGCUGACCGCCGCAUCGGCGCUCCCCAGUGCCAUGCUUGUGUCUCCAACCCUAGUCACCCUCACCCCGAAGGCGCUUCCCUCCGCUGCGCACGUUGUCUCAAGUCCGUCACAGUUACACACGAGAUUGAAGAACUCGGUGACUUCAACAUCAGCCUCAACGAUCUCUCUGCCUCGGUCCAAGGUCUGAGAUUGUCGCCUACUGGCAGCAUUUGGAACAGCCCAUCCUCAACCGCAAGAUCGGCUUUUCAGUCCCUGGACGCAAGCGUGUCCGACAUGCGCCGCCCCAACGCCAACUACGUCCACGAGGACAAGCGCCCCUCAACUCCUCCCUCUGCUGAGGAUGAGACUCAACUCGGUGCCACCAACCGCGGCGUUCUUGACCACUCUCGUGGCAUGAAUGGUAGCAAGGCCACGGCUACCCAGCAGACUCGUUCCGGCCAGGCCCAGGGCACUAAGGCUCAAGGCGCUCAGAACCAAGGCGCCCAGCCCCAGCAGGCUCAACACAGCCGCGUGCACUCUUUCAACCCUAGCAGAUCGGCUUUUGACAACUUCCCCGAGUACGCUGCUUCCAACCAGGGCCAGGAGGCCGCCUCUGAGCAGAACCAGCACGGUAUGCCUAGCCAUGUCCAGCAGCCUGCCUUGACUGCUUCCAACUAUGGUCAGCAGUACAACUCAGCUCUGCCCGACUAUGGUCAGCAGUACAACUCAGCCCUGCCCAGUUACGGUCAGCAGUCAAGUCUCGACCAGGCUCAGCAGCGCCCAUAUGGUCUUGGUCAGCACAUUCACGCUCCGAGACCCAACAACUUCAGAGCUUCGCACGCUUUCCGUGAGCUUGCGACUCCUGCUCCCAUGGACGACAGCGCCCAGCCUGCCCCACCCAUCAGCCAGUACCCCAUCGGCCAGCAGUACAUGGGUAACAUGCAGCAAGACUUCCAAUACCCUCAGCAACACCCUGCCUUCGAUCAGCGCCCCGCCGUUAGCAACUCUAACAUCGAUCCUCGUCUCAGAGGUCUGCAGUCGCCUGUCAACAUGCACCGCCCCGCCUUUGACAACCAGAACGUUGUUGCUCCUCGUCUCGGAGGCUUGCAGUCGCCUGUCUACAUGCACCGCCCCUUCGACGCCCCUCUCAUGCCUGGCGUGGCUCCUAUGAACAGCGUGAACCACAACGCUGGCCCUCGCACCCACCGAGGCGCCUCUCUCAAUCGUGUUCCCAUUCCUGCCAGCUUCGGAAACAUGAAUGGCCGCCAGAUGAACGGUCUCAAUGGAAGUGGCCACCUCACCAACAGCCUCGAGAUGAAUGGUUCUCAGAUGAACUCUCGUCACUUCAACGACUACCAGAUGCACGGUCAACAGAUGCACGGUCAACAGAUGCACGGUCAACACAUGAACGGUCAACACAUGAACGGUCAACACAUCAACGGCCGCGACAUGAACGGUCAACAAUCGAACGGCCACCAGAUGAACAGCCCUAUGCCCAUCCCCCGUGCUAUGCCUACGCCCGCUGAUCAGGCCGAUCCCUUCGUGGACCCCCAGCCUCCCAGCUAUGCCAACACCGGCUUCGUGCCCGCUCAGUCUAGCCGUCAGCCCUUCACCUCUGACCCUCGCUCUUCUCUGCCCUCUCCCGUCAGCAGCCCCAGCAGCAUGAAUGGCACUAGCUACUUCAACGCCCCCGAUGCUCAGCACACCAACGCCUCGACCAAUAACAAUCAACAGCCUCAGACCAACGCUGCUCGUAUGGCUGAGGCCAUCAAAUCUGGCACACUUGAUCACUUCGGUGGCAGAUCUCCUCCUCGCGGUCCCGGUGACAGACCUGGCAAUGAGCUUGCUGUUCAGCAUGUUGUACGUAGUCAGGCUACCAUGGCCCCUGACGUGCACCCCGACCCCGACUGGGUUUCUGUUCACAUGCACGCCCUCCCUAGCAUCGACGAAGUGUACCAGCACAUUCCUUUCGUUGACACUGCUGCUGACUCGGUCGCCUCCACUGCCGGCGUGAUCAAGAUUGGCAACAUCCCCUAUGGCACCACCAAGAACGAGGUCAUCGCUGCUCUGGGUCGUACCACUCGUAUCGCUCACCAGCCUCGCGGCGCAUCUUACUUGGCCAUCCAUAUCAUCAUGGAACGUUCGACUGGCAAGACUAUGGACUGUUACGUCGAGCUCAACACCGUCGCCGAGGCUCAGGCUGCUGUUGCUGGCUUCCAGCAGCGCUGCGUAAACAGCCGCCACCCUCGCAUCGGUGAUCGCCACGUCGAUAUUGAGCUCAGCAGCCAAGAGGAACUCAUGAAGGAGCUGUUCCCUCGUGCCAAGUGUGUCAACUGGGACGGUCACACUCCCCAAGUCUACACUACUGAGGAGGCCUUCAACUCUGGCUUCCAGGGCUUUGUCACCAGUGAGGAGAUGGUGAUGAUUACCAAGCACGCCGAGACUCCUCAGCGUUCACCUUUCGCUCAGCGCUGCGUUAACCGCACCUACGAGACCAUGAUUUCUCUCAUGCACAAGUACCCUUGGCACGCCAUCUUGCACAUCACCCUCCGUGAGCGUACUGCCAUCUUUAUCAGUGCCGUCACCCAGCUGCGCGUUCUGUGCGCCGCCAUUGCCCGCGGCCACUAUCCCCAGAGCCUUCACCUCCCUCUUCUUCAAGAGUACAUCACUGCUUGCCUCAGCAACCCCGGCUUCAGUGUUCAGCAGAAGGCUUACGUUAUCGAUUGCGUCAACUGCAACAACUACACCCACCUGUUGAGCUUCGUGCCUUACACUCACAUCGAGCUGAGACUGGCCAGCUGGUGGGCCUUUGAGGUGCUGUCCAAGAAGCCCGAAGCUUCCGACGAGCUGAUGACUUAUGUCAUCAGCCUCCUCUGCACUGCUACCAACCCCAACGGCAAUUUUGCUCACAUGGCCAGCAAGGACGACAGCUCCGCUCUUGAACUGCCCGAGCCUGACUUCGGCACUGAGUCCUACUUCGGAAACUUCUCCAUCAAGUACAAGAAGCAGAAGGAGUCGUGCACACUCAAGGAGGCUGCUGACGAUGAGUGGCGCGCCCUGUAUGAGGCUCUCUCUCGUGUUCUGCCUGCUCGCCAGGCCAUCGCUUACCACAACAACGACUACGAUGAUGGUCAGCAGGAGGGUGGUGCUGAGGAGAACGGUCACUACGAUGGUGGUGAGGUUCUGGCUCUGCCCGGCCUCGAGCGUGCUGAGGAUUCUUCGCUCAACUGA